AUGAGUGAUGAUUGGGAUAAUCCUACAAUCCUUCGUAAGCGUACUGAACAUGCUAAAGUAACUAAGGGUGACGCAGCAAUCAAUGCAGCUCGUCGAGCUGGAGCUGUCGUUGGAAUAGAACGUAAAAACGCUGGUGGUACUAAUAAAUCUCAUUCGAGCAGUGAUCACCAAAGGAUAGCAAAACUUGAUAGAGAGAAUGAAGUAGCACCACCACCAAAACUUAGUUUAACGGUAGGAAAAGCGAUUCAACAAGCUCGUCAAACCAAAGGAUUAAAUCAAAAAGAUCUUGGACAAAAAAUUAAUGAAAAAGCUAAUGUGAUUAAUGAUUACGAAAUGAGUCGUACUAUUCCUAAUCAACAAGUUCUUAGUAAAUUGGAAAGAGCACUGGGCGUAAGAUUACGUGGUAAAAACAGUAAGUAA